AAUUGGUAUCAGAGUAAGGGCUCCAAUUUGAAGGUUUAAUCACCUAGGACUUGAUCAGGGAUGGCUCAAUUUCUAUCUUCUUAACCACUUGAAGGUUUGUCUACCACUAGACCUCCUUUCUUUGAUGGGACUAACUAUAAUUAUUGGAAGAAUAGGAUGAGGGUCUUCAUGCUUGCAAAUGUGCCCACGGCAUGGAUUGUGACUAUAAAAGGUCCAUAUGUACCUAUGAAAGUUGUUGGAGAAAGAGAGGUGCCAAAGGAAGAAGUUGAAUGGAAUGAUGAAGACUUGGAGAAGAUCAUGAUCAACAACAAAGCAAUCAACAUGCUUCAAUGUGCUCUCAAUCCAACGGAAUUCCAUAGAGUUUCCGGGUGUGAUAUGGCUAAGGAGAUGUGGGACAUGCUAGAAGUCACUCAUGAAGGAACAAGCCAAGUAAAGGAGUCAAAAAUCAAUAGACUCAUUUACAUGUAUGAGCUUUUCAAGAUGAAACCAAAGGAGAGCAUUCAAGAUAUGAAUACAAGAUUGAAUGACAUAGUCACUAAUCUCAAGGCUCUUGAAUCUAAGGAUCUCAACACUCUCAAGCUUGAAGAUCUCAUUGGUAAAUUGAUGACAUAUGAGAUAGAAGUUCAAGGUGAAGGUGGAGUUGAAAUAAUUGAGAAGAAGAAGAAGGAUGUUGCAUUCAAGGCUAGCAACCAAAAGGAAGAGAGUGAAGAUGAUGCUGGUAAUGAUGAGUGUAGCAAUGAGGACAUCACCAAAUUGAUUUCAAAGGAAGUGAGGAGAUUCAUGAAGAAGAACAUCAAGAGCAAGCUUGCAAAAAGAGAUGAAGGAGAGUCUACAAAAAGGAGUGUGAAAUGCUAUGAGUGCAACAAGAUGGGGCACUAUAGAAAUGAAUGUCCCAAAUUGAAGAAGGGUGAAGGGAAAAACAAGAAGAGCAUGAAGAAGAAAGCUUUUACCGCCACUUGGAGCAAUGAUGAGACUAGCUCAACAGAAAAUGAAAGCUCCUUGGAAAAUGGUGUUGCAAAUCUUUGCUUCAUGGCUCAAGAGGAUAGCUACAAUGAUUAGGAGGUAAACUCUAACUUCUCUAGUUCAACUAAUGAAAGUUCGUUUGAGUACUCUUAUGAUGAUUUAUGCAAAGUUCUUGAUUGCUCUAUGAAUGACAUUAAGAAACUAGGAAAUGACAA